AUGACUGGCACUUCAGCGACAACAAAUGCCGCUGAUUUACGGGCCUUCUCCUACCUGGUUGGCAUUGGAGUAACGCAUUCAAUUGCGCCCCCGAUGCACAACUUUAUCUCCAAGUCACUGGGGUAUGAUUGGAAUUUCAUAGCCCAAGAGUGCGCAACAGUAGAAGAUGCAGUAAAGCUAUUUCGACUGCCAACUUUUGCCGGCGGUGUUGUUACCAUGCCUUACAAGCAGACUAUCAUGGAGCAUCUCGAUGGAUUGGACGAAUACUCCAUCAAGAUUGGAGCAUGCAAUAAUGUCUAUCGCGCGGCAGACGGCUCACUUCGAGGGACAAACACCGAUUGGCGCGGAAUCAAGGGUUGCUUGACAGGAGCAUCUGACAAUGGAAGAGAGAAACCGGCUUUUAUUAUUGGGGCCGGAGGAGCGUCUCGAGCUGCAGUGUACGCACUACAUGACCAGCUGGGAUGUAAUCCCGUCUAUAUCGUGAACCGCGACAGAGCUGAAGUGGAAGCUCUUCUUCACGAUACCGAAAGCUAUGGACCAGGGCUUUCUGUUGUCCAUCUACAGUCUUUGAAAGAAGCACAGCAAGUCCCACAGAAUCCCUUCUACAUCGUUGGCACUGUACCCGACUUUGAACCAAAAAGUCCCGAGGAAUUGACUGCACGGGAUAUUUUGGAUUUCUUUCUUCAGUUUAGCACAAAAGGUGUCUUACUGGACAUGUGUUUCAAGCCGCGAAGAACCCGGAUUUUGAAGUUGGGUGAAAAGCGUGGUUGGCAUACUGUGGAAGGCACUAUGAUAAUCGCCCAUCAGAUCGACGAACAGUACAGAUUAUGGUGUGGCGAAGAAAAGGCUGAAGAUAUACCGCGACAAGAAGCUUGGAAAGUAUUGCAGAAGGCUGCAGAAGAUAGUCUAAGCAUCAAUUUUUGA